AUGGUCGUUUCCGGUUUUCCGGUUUCCUCUUCUGUUACAGAGUGUCCGCCCGGGGAUGACGGCAUGGAACGUUUCGGAUGCCCGACGCCCGAUAGGCAGGGUCGCUUCCAUUGCAUAGACGACCACGUUCUAUGCGAUGGAUUCAUAGAUUGUCCAUCCGGCGAGGACGAGGAACGCAAGAGUUGCAUGUUCUACAAGACGACUAAGGCUCAUUUGGACGUCCUCGCCGAUGCGCUCCUGCGAUGGGCAAGGGGGCGUUAAGCGGUAAACGCAAUUCCCAAAACAGCAGACCUCCCCUCCCUCUACAAAGAUUAGGUUGUUCUUUUAUUCUACGUCCACUUUGCUUUGGAGAUGAUUAACCGACUACUUUCCGAUUGUCUUACUACUUUCAAGUUCAUCCUCUGCCAUAAAAUCAUAACUACAUGUAAUUAGGAAGCAAAGAAAAAACAAAACAAAACUCCGAUAUCUAAUAACCCAUUUUUGCGAUUAUUACAAUUAUGAUUUUAUGCCCUUCCCAUCGUUGCGAAACCGAUGAUGACGAUCGACGUUCAUAGAGAGAAAUAGGCACCCCUGAAGCGCCCGAAAGUCAGGUCCGCGCGCCUCAGGGGACAGCCCUUCAUAGUUCCCCCAACAGGCCUGACUUUGUAUACAGAGAGUUAUAAGACUUGUAAAAAAAAUAAUUAAAAAUUGAAGAUAACUAAAAAGAUUAUGAGAUGAUGAUGAUAACGUUGAAAAUGAUAAUGGUAACGAUGAUGAUGAAGAUGAUGAAUCUUGACUGCGGUCAGGUGCGGCGAGACAGCCGCGACGCGUCGCCCGUCCGUCCGUUAUGUUUUUACUUAAUUUAUCUCCGAUUUCCUUACGUCCCACCAAGUGCAUAUAUGAUUUGGCGAGACGCGAUUUUCCUCUUGAGAAAUGGAGGAGUCUAAGAAGAGGAAGCGACCAUCUCGCCGACUAUUCCUGACCGAUCUCUUUACUUGUAGUCAUUCCAAUUUACCAAAGAAAACUACCCACAUUCCUCAAAUUUCAACCGCAAAAUCAUGAAAAGUAUACCGGAUCUCUUUUUUACCUUCAGUUUCCCUCCUACUUCGUUCUCGAGACACAAUACCCAAGACAGUCGCAUUGGUGCUCUGUAGAAGGAUUCCUUUUUUACUCUAGAAAGAAAGUUAAGUUUUUUGGAUGCGAGAAAUGGUGAUGAUGAUGAUAAGAUGUUAAAGCCUGUUUGUUACAAAUUUAUCUACUGUUAUUGUUAUUGGCGUGGCUUCGGGGCGGCGGCUUGGCAGCAACUUGUUUUCGAUUUUUCUUAAACAAUACUAAGAACGCGUUAAGAGAGGCACUGCGGCCUAGCCUUGCGCCCCUUAAAAAUCCCCAACAGAUGAUCAAAUCCGCACCGCAAAAAGGACCCGAACUCGAACUCAGUCCGAUCAAGAGAUCAAGCACCCUCUAAAUAUAUAUAAAAAUAUAUACACAUAUAUACUUAAUCUUUAAAUAUAAGGACAAAAAAAAAUCGUAGUUUAAGUAAUAUUAAUGAUAAAAUGAAUGUUGACGUUGAGUCUUAAGCUUUCGGUGUCCAUUUCAAAAAUAUUUAAACAUAAUUAUCGUAUUGGAAAUAAAUGAAUGUAUUUGUGCAUGGAAAAAAUAUAAAAGAUAAUCUCUCUAGCACUCUGUAGAUUUUAGUCAAUGUAAAUGAAUCUUGAUCAGACGCGCAAAAUGUUGCUGGUUCGAUUUUCGGAUCACUUUUGUGGUCGCAGCUGGGUCGGAUCAGGAAAUACCUUGAGGCUGGAUCGUCGCCCGGCCAAUAAUGUACUGCGAUGACUGCAAUCUGUUCGGUUUGUUUAACUUCCUGUUCGUUCUUGAAGGUAGAUGGAGGAGAUGGAGAAGGGUUUUGAAUAUUUGGCCAGACGAUGUCGGAAGGUGGAGACACCACCGCUUCGGAGGUGUUUCCAUCCUGAGCCACCGAUAUUCGCUUCGGCCAAAUUUUUUGUUGUUGUUCGGACCAGUUUUGCAAUCAUUUUCCGGGCGACGAUUUUUAUGGUCAUUUCCUCAUCUGCGACCUAAAGCUCACAAAAAAUUUGGUACAAAUCGAUCAAAAAAAAUGAAAGAAAUCAAAUUUAGUUUACUAAAUCAACAAGAAUCAAACAAUUACAUCUUAAAUUGAGGUUCAUAGUUUUAAUCUUAUAACGGGGAUUUUUUCUUAAAUAAGAAUUUACUUUGAAUGCAAAUUUCAAAUCUACAGAAAACACAUUUUCUCUAACUUUAUUUGAUAAAGAGGUAUGGAAUUUAUCAAAGAAAAUCGCCAAAUAAGAUUGGAAUAAUUUGAACCUUUAAUUAAUAGAGUCAAGUAAGAAAAAAAAUGAAGAAGUUUUGGGUCUUGACAACAAAAGUUUAAUUGAAUAACUCUAAGUUAACUUUAGUCGAAAGAUUUCCCAAAUUAUACGUUGGUCGAAAAAAUUGAGUUGAAAUCAAUUCAGUUUAUGAUCGACAUGGGAAACAUUCUUUCUUUUCUGAGGUUAAAUUGAAUCUUCACGGAGAAGAUUCUAUGGACGUUUCGAUUGGGCUUUUCGUGACCCUGCAUAUGAAGAACGCUUCCAUUUAAUUAUCACCUUUAAUGCAUGACUAAAUUUGGUUUGUUUUGAACAUUUUCGAUUACAUUGGACUGGCGAGAUUUGCUAUUUUUUUUUUUGGAAAUUUAGGGGCGCAAGUCAAGCCCGCGCUUUCCUUUCUUUCCGUUUAUCGUCAGGGAUGAGCGGCCUCCGCCAACGUUUUUACGCCAAAAAAGGAUUCAUUUAGUCUUUGCCUAGCUUUAGUUGAAUGAUGAUGAAGAAUUCGAUUUAUAUAAAUAUAUAUAGUUGUAUAAUUUACAAAAGUCUGAAUCACAAACACUUACCAACACGUUCCAUUGUUAAUUUAUUUAUGUAAAAGUUGAUGAUGAUGAAUGAGGAAUCGAACGCAUCGGCCUACACAACUGUUGUACCAACUGAUCUCUAUGUACUAUCUAUUAUGUAUGUGGUUUUUUUUAAUGCAAUUUCUUGUUUUUUGAUUUUGGAGAGGGCGAAAUUUUCGAUCAGCAGGGGGGAAGGAUGGCAUUGGCUGACGACACGUCAUCGAUUCCGGCGACGUCGGCGUCUUCUCGCCCCGAAAACAGUUUUCCCCUUUUUCCGCGCGCGCGAAAUCGGUCAAUAACCUGGGGGAAAUUCGGAUGAGCGACGUCGGUGCAACAAACGCACGUCCGGCCUCCGCUCCUCCUCACGUUUUCGCAAAAAACCGCCGCCCCGCGGAUACCAGAAAAAGUUACAAAUAACAACAAAAUAAUAGUAACUGAAACUCACUAAAAUAUUCAUGCAAAUCUUUGCAUUUCCUUCAAUUCUUCGACUCAGGGUCAUUGGCGGCGUUUCACAAAGACAAAACUAAACAUUGGAUAAACAAAAAAAAUAUAUAUAUAAAAAGAAAUGAUAAGAAAAAUAAUAAGUGAAGAGAGGACAAAAAAAACAGUUUAGUUAACAUUCCUAUUUACGUAGUUGUUUAAUUCAAAUGCUGCACCGCACCAAAAGCACGACUGCACCAGAAAGAAAUGAGAAAAGUUAAAAAUAAAUAUGUAAGAACAAAUAAAUUACUCACAUUAAAUAUGUUAAGCGAUUUAACUUUUACAGUUUAGUUCCUUAAUCAAAAUUAAAAAUAAAGGAGCCAAUGUGAUAAAAAAAUGAUUUUGUUCUUGGGUUCGCUUCAGUUGAUUUGGGCUCCUUAACAAAAAAACAAACAAAGAUGAAGUAUUAUAUAGAGUAUAGGUAAGAAUGAAGUAUAGACAAAGCCUUGGCAGAACUCGCGUGCAAAAAAUAUGAUAAUUAUUCAAGAGAAUAAGCGCAGCCUUAAAAAGAAAAUAACAUAAAAUUAAAUAACGUGAACUAUAAACAUUUAACUUUCGUUUAUCAAAAUUCUCGCAAAAUAAUUUGAUGAUGAAGAUAAUAAUAAUGAUGAUGAUGAGAAAAUAUUUUUGUACACGAAGGCCCUUCCUCCCUCGUUUUUCACGCCGACUUACUGAACACUUGUGAUAUAAUUGUAUUUAAAGAGAGAGGGAUUAAUAGUUGAUGAUGAUGAUGAUGAGUGCUCUUGGGCGCUUACGAAAUUCAUCGUCCGUUAUCCCUAAACCAUUCACUAUUACUAAUUACCAAAAAAAAUCUCUUAUUUUUUGUGCUCCUUGUAAAUAAAGGCAACCGAAGUAAUAAAAAAAAGUCAUUUAUAACCAAAGUAAUAAUAAAUAUAAAUAUAUCAAUGGGAAAUUCGCGCAAUAAUUUUCGUACAAAUUCUUCAAGUAACAUUUAUUUUUGUUGUUCAUUGUUUCGUUUUAAGUUUAAGGAGACCCAAAGUAAUAAUUAAUAAAUAAAAAAUAAAUAUAUACAAACAAAAA